AAGCCGCCAUAUUCAAAGACUGUUUAUUAUUUUUAUUACUUUUGUAAAUGCAUAAAUCCUGUUUCCAACAAUGCCAGCGAAAGAAAACAAAGACGAAAACAUUUUCAAAAUACCAGAAAUUAAAGAUGUGAAGAGUUCUAGAAGACACUCUAUCAUUGGUCUAGCCAGCUUUGACUUUCCUGUACUGCGCAAAAGAAAGAGAAAGACUGCUGAUGAAGACACCAUAAGUGUUCAGAGUUUAGAUGUAACAGUCAAGAAAAAGAGUCGUAAAUCAUUACUGAGGGUAUCUUCAAUUGCCAACCUGCUUUCUCCUUCCAAGUCGGCCAAAAAGGGUUCAGAAACAUUCCAGCGUUCCAUCAGUUUCAAGGUUCCACCAUCACCAGCAAACAAGGUCAAUGUUACUCCCUACAAAGCACCUCAACCUUCCCCGGCGAAAAGAAGACUUAGUCGGACCUGGAGUGACAUGAUUUGUACAACUGUCGGCAACCUUCCAACAGAACUUAGUCACAGAGACAUCAAAAGACAAGAGGCAAUUUACGAGCUAUAUCAAAGUGAAAAUGAUCUGGUAGAGGACCUCAACAUUGUUAAAAAGACUUAUCAUGAUUCCUUGAAGAAGCUACAGUUGUUGUCAGAUGGUGAACUGAAGCAGAUAUUUGGUCCCAUUGAUGAGCUGAUUCCAAUACAUGAAGACUUGUGUAACAGACUCCAGAACCAGAGGUUACCAGAUGGUACUACACAGUGUGUUGGUGAGCUCUUAAAAGAAUGGGUUCCUAAUUUGCAUCACUAUAUAUCCUUCUGUGCCAAUCAAGUGUUUGGGAAAGCCUUGUUAGAUGAGAAGAAGAACGACGAAGCAGUAGAAGAUUUCUUACAAAGGUGUCAAGACUCUCCAUUCAGCAGGAAACUUGACCUGUGGACCUUACUAGAUGGUGCUAGAGGAAAAUUUGUCAAGUAUCCACUUCUGAUGAAGACUAUCCAGAAAUAUGUAUCUGUUCUAGAUGAGGAAGACAAUAAGAAUUUGGCAGAAGCUAUCAAGUUGGCAGAGAAUGUGAUUGCUGAAGCUGACAGAGAGAUGGGUAAAGCCAAGUGUAACUACUUCAGAGCCAAGAUCAACUUCAUUUAUGAAGAAGAGACAUGCCAGUCAUUAGAAGAUUCUACAACUUUGGUGUGUAGUGGUUCACUGAAGAAUAACAAAGGCAGUAAACUACAUGUUUUCCUGUUUGAUGAGGUGUUGGUGGUGACAAGACUCAAUAGCCAGAGUGGACAACAGACUUUCCAAGUGUACAGACAGCCUAUCCCUGUAGACCAACUGGUUGUUACUGACCUGAAAGAUGGGGAAGUCAAGAUGGGUUCAUUCAGGAGUGCUUUUGGAUCUGGACAAACAGUAAAAAAUGUCUUCCGAGUGUCAUUCAGCGAACAAGAUAAAGGCCAGUCACACACAUUGAUAGCAGCUGACGAGCAUGACAAAAGACAGUGGUUAAUCUGCUUUCAGAAAUUGGUCCAUAUUGUUUCCUCUGAAGCUGUAAAGAUUGGUGAAAGUAAAGACAAGUUAAAGGCACCUGGUGUAGAAAAGUCAAAAGAGACCAAGAAGGGAACUUAGUCGUUCAACAAGUCUUUCAAUGGACAUAUCCUAGUGCUAUAUAAUACUCAUAACUCUUUGUUAAUGUAUUGUUUUACAUAAAUAUGUUAAUGAUUGUUAAAAUUAUAUUGAGUCAAACUUAUAGUCAUGUAGAUAAAAUGUUAAAGAAAAAAAUCUUUUAAGUUGUGGAAAAAAGUCUGCCUUAAUACAGGUCCAGUUAAACUGGUCAUUUUAUUGGGUUGUUAAGAAUUUUGUUUAGGAUUUUUUUAAAGGUUUUUUAGAACAUAGUAUGUUUUGUUUUGAAUUUUAAGUUUUUAGGGAAUAAGUAUUUUGAGAUGUAUUUUUUUUAAAUCAGCAUUUUUAAUGUAUGCUACCUCAUGAGAAUACAGUGUACAGUUUGAUUAUUGACAAGCCCUUUAAAGGUGCUCUAUUUCAUGUCAUCAUCUACCAUGUAAGUUUUAAGUCCUGUAAAAAUCAUUAAUGUGUGUUCCUAUGAUAAUUAUUCCAUUUUGUUAUAUUUUUUAACCAUUGUUUUGUUAUAAUUUAGUGCCAUAGGAGUGUGAUGUUAAAUAGCAAUGAUUUAAAAAGAUAGACAAGACUUAAAAGAAAUACAACAAUAUCUGUAAAAAAAAAUUCUCUAAUAUUUUGUAUGUAAUGAAGAUAUGAAAACAAUGACUGUUCAUUAAAAUUACAACUUAAAAAAAAGUUAAUUCAAGCAAAUCAUACAGGAUGUAUAUUUCAACUUUAUUUGCUAAAAAUUCAAGCAUGUUUCUGUACAAAAUUUCAAAAUUCUAAGUCAAGAGAAAUAUAUUGAACAUUACAAAUUUAUAAAUUACAUGUCUAAGUUGUUUAAAAUGAAAGGUUGCUAUAUAUGAUAUGUAAAUAUAAACAUGUACAAUAAUGUAUAUACAACAAUAAAUAUAUAAUAAUGUU